AGCAGGGGCAGGGGCAGCAGCAGCAGCAGCAGGGGCAGGAGGAGCAGCAGCAGCAGGGGCAGGAGGAGCAGCAGCAGCAGGAGGCAGAGGCCGGCGGCGGCGGGGAGGAGGCGGCGGUCGGCGGCGGCGGCGGGGGCCGCGCCAUGGCCCAGCAGCAGAUGAGCAGCUCGCAGAAGGCGCUGAUGCUGGAGCUGAAGUCGCUGCAGGAGGAGCCGGUCGAGGGCUUCCGCAUCACCCUGGUGGACGAGUCCGACCUCUACAACUGGGAGGUGGCGAUCUUCGGGCCGCCCAACACCCUCUACGAGGGGGGGUACUUCAAGGCUCACAUUAAGUUUCCUAUUGACUAUCCAUAUUCACCACCUACCUUCAGAUUCCUGACCAAAAUGUGGCACCCCAACAUUUAUGAGAACGGAGAUGUAUGUAUUUCAAUUCUUCACCCGCCUGUAGAUGACCCGCAAAGUGGAGAGCUGCCAUCUGAGAGGUGGAACCCUACCCAAAAUGUCAGGACUAUCUUACUGAGUGUAAUCUCUCUGCUUAAUGAGCCCAACACAUUCUCUCCUGCCAAUGUGGAUGCAUCAGUCAUGUUCAGGAAAUGGAGGGACAGUAAAGGAAAAGACAAGGAGUAUGCUGAAAUCAUAAGGAAACAGGUUUUGGCUACCAAAGCCGAGGCAGAGAAGGAUGGCGUGAAGGUCCCCACUACGCUGGCAGAGUACUGCAUCAAAACUAAAGUGCCUUCCAAUGACAACAGUUCGGAUUUGCUUUACGACGACUUGUACGAUGAUGACAUUGAUGAUGAAGACGAGGAGGAGGAGGAUGCCGACUGUUACGAUGACGACGAUUCUGGCAAUGAGGAGUCGUGACCUGCUCCCUCUAUGCCCCUGUACUGCCCUGCCGACUCAGGCCAGAAGGGAGCAGCGGUAACCUAGCAGCAGUCCAGCAAAAAAAGUGUGGGGGGGGGAUCAAAAAACUUUUGUCUCCUGCUGUCUCCUGUUGUAUGGAUCUGUUUGCUCCUUUUUUAUGGACCUCUUAGAGACCCUCCACAGAAUGUCUGAAUUCUUGCAUUCUUAACCCUUUCAUCACUGUAUUAUGAUUUCUUUUUAAAAAAGAAACUCCCCUUUUCACUUCUCUACGAAACGCUCACAGCGAAACAGGUUUGCUCGCGUUUAGGUUCUUGAAUUCAAUACAGUCUUGCAUUGAGAUGUUUAAUGUAUUUAAAGCUGGAACAAACCCAUUGGAAGCUGGGUUUUUGGGAGCUCAAGUGCUGCAUUUACUGGGAAGAAAAAAAUCCACACAAAGCAAAUUGCCAAGGUUUAGCUGCUCCAUUUACAAUAAUAGCGUGUGUACAUUCGUUUAGCCUUGUGGUGGUGGCUUUUCCUUUUUAAGGUGUGGGGCGGAGAGUGUAAAGCUACUGUGUGUUGAGCUUGAUGGGAUGUAACUGAAAGGUACAGUAUUCCUUUUCAGCCUGCUCAAGUUAGGAAAUAGCUGGCCCCUGGAGCCCCAGUGGGCACAAUCAGCUUUGUCUCUGAAAAAGGCUUGUGAUAUGAACCCUAAAAUAAACACGUAACACUUCACGUCUGUACAAC